AUGCCUUCUUCUAUUCAGUCUGUGCGUGCUCGAGAGAUCUUUGACUCACGUGGCAAUCCCACAAUCGAAGUGGACGUCACUACAGAGCUCGGCCUUUUCCGAGCAGCUGUGCCGUCCGGGGCCUCCACUGGCAAACACGAGGCGCUCGAGCUUCGCGACGGUGACCCGUCUCGCUUCCUUGGGAAGGGCGUAACGAAAGCGAUCGCUAAUGUGAACGGAGAAAUAGCAAAAGCGUUGAAGGGUAUGGAUCCCACGGAACAACGAGCUAUCGACGAGCGCAUGAUCGCACUCGACGGGACACCGGGCGGCUUCAAACGCCGGCUUGGAGCGAACGCCAUUCUGGGCGUCUCGAUGGCAGUCAGUCGCGCGGGUGCUGCAGCGAAGCAGUUACCGCUGUAUAAACAUAUUAAUGAGCUGGCGGGGAAGCCGCCGAUGCUACUACCUGUGCCCAGCUUUAACGUAAUCAACGGCGGCGAGCACGCUGGCAACCGACUCGCGAUGCAAGAGUUUAUGAUCAUGCCCGUGGGGGCGCACUCCUUUGCAGAGGCCAUGCGCAUGGGCUCAGAAGUGUACCAGAACCUCAAAUCCAUCAUCAAGAAGCACUAUGGCAUCGACUCGACGGCAGUGGGCGAUGAGGGCGGUUUUGCGCCGCAUAUCCAGGACGCCCACGAGGCCUUCAAGUUGUUGGGCCAGGCAAUCGAAGCGGCUGGGUACCAGCAACAGGUCCGCAUCGCCAUGGAUGCUGCAGCUAGCCAGUUCUGGAACGAGGAGAAACAGAAAUACGAUCUGGACUUUAAGCAUCCCGAAGGGGCGAGUUCCAUGCUGGUAAGCAAGGACGAGCUCGUGCAGCUCUACAAGUCGUUCUGCGGAACGUACCCGCUGGUCUCCGUCGAGGAUCCGUUCCAUGAAGAGGACUUUGAUGCAUACGCAGCGCUAACGGAGCAAAUCGGAGAGAAGAUCCAAGUCGUUGGUGACGAUCUCCUGGUUACGAAUAUCGACCGGAUCAAGGUCGCGGCGGAGAAACGCGCCUGCAACGCCCUUCUGCUCAAAGUGAACCAAAUUGGAACCGUCACCGAGGCCAUGGAUGCGAAUCGCUUCUGCCGAGACCUGCGCUGGGGGGUCAUGGUGAGUCACCGCAGCGGCGAGACCGAGGAUAGUUUCAUUGCGGACUUGACGGUUGGCCUCGGCACCGGCCAGAUCAAGAGCGGUGCACCGUGUCGUUCUGAGCGCUUGGCGAAAUACAACCAGCUUUUGCGUAUCGAAGAGGAGCUCGGUUCGUCAGCGGUCUAUGUGGGUGACAAGUUCCGCACUCCGUGGGAACGUUGA